UCCAAAAACUAUCUUAAAUUUCUCUCUCUCUUCUCUAUACACCCAAAAGGGAAAAAACGUUCCCUUCUUCUUCACUCACUUCCAGAUUUAAAGAGAGAGAGAAGAAAGGGAAGAAAAAAAAACUGUAACUUAAACUUUCUUCACUCUUCUUCUUCUUCUUCUGGGUCUUUCGUUAAUGGCAAUAACGAAACCCUUGAAUUCAUCUUCAAAUUUUGUUGCUGAUAGUAGUAUCAACUCGAUCUCACUCUAAAAGAAAAUCAGUUGCUAGAGUGGAUACUCUUAGCCUUUAUCUGGAAGCGCAAGAUUUUGUUUUAGCAGAGACAGACAAGUUCAAAAGCUUGUGACAUAAACGAAGGAACAAUAAAAUGGCUCCCUCGAGCAAGGCCGAUAAGAAGGCCGCAUUAGAUGCAGCCUCGUGGAUGUUUAAUGUCGUGACUUCUGUUGGAAUUAUCAUUGUCAAUAAAGCCUUAAUGGCAACAUACGGCUUCAGUUUUGCUACAACGCUAACUGGGCUUCAUUUCGCUACCACAACCUUGAUGACAUUUGUUCUUAGGUGGCUGGGAUACAUCCAGCCCACGCAUUUACCUCUAUCCGAGCUCCUGAAAUUUGUUCUCUUUGCAAACUUCUCUAUAGUUGGGAUGAAUGUGAGCUUAAUGUGGAAUUCUGUCGGAUUUUACCAGAUAGCGAAACUCAGCAUGAUCCCUGUAUCCUGCAUUCUGGAAGUCAUCUUGGAUAAAAUUCGAUACUCGAGAGACACAAAAUUGAGCAUACUGCUGGUUCUUCUCGGUGUUGCUGUUUGUACUGUAACUGAUGUGAGUGUUAAUACUAAAGGAUUUGUUGCUGCAAUUGUCGCUGUCUGGAGCACUUCCCUGCAACAAUAUUAUGUACAUCACCUUCAACGGAAGUAUCAACUUGGAUCUUUCAGCCUAUUGGGGCAUACUGCGCCUGUCCAGGCUGCAUCACUGUUGGUUGUAGGUCCCUUUCUGGAUUACUGGUUGACAGGCAAAAGAGUCGACCACUACGAUUAUAAUGUAGUUUCGGUGUUAUUCAUCACUUCUUCGUGCAUCAUUGCGAUAGGGACAAACCUUAGUCAAUUUAUCUGCAUAGGCAGAUUCACAGCUGUAUCAUUCCAAGUCCUUGGGCAUAUGAAGACUAUCCUAGUCUUAAUACUGGGGUUCAUACUUUUUGGGAAAGAAGGUCUCAAUCCACAAGUAGUUCUGGGAAUGAUAAUAGCAGUAUUAGGAAUGAUCUGGUACGGGAAUGCCUCAUCUAAACCAGGUGGCAAAGAGCGGCGUAGUAGCCAUUCUCUACCAACCAGCAGACCUCAAAAACAUGGGUCAGAUACCAGCGAGACCGAUGGGAAGAUCUAACACGUUGAAGAAAAUCUUAGAUGGCUGGAUAUAUCCGAUUUCAGGAAGAAACAAAAAGGAAAACAAAGAAGUUAGCUUCUAACAUAAAAAGGUUAGAACACGCAUGGUUAUUUUUGUCUAAUUCUUUCACUUCUAAUUUUGAUUUUUUUAAGCCAUCCUUUUAAUUUGUUCUCAAGGGAAUGAACACAGUUGGAUCUGGUGUAGAUUCCCUAAAAUCCCAUUUUGUUCCACUAUCAUCAUGGUCAUCAGUUAUAGUAAUUUAUUUAUUUAUGAUUUCUCCCCUCUCUCCAAUAAGUUCAUUUUCUUCUUGUAUUGCUGAAUUUCUUAUAAACCAAGUAGUGAAUUAUCAUUUUCAAUGGAUAUUCAAUCCAUUUUAUUCUU